UUGAUUUUGAUUCGGCUGGUCCAAGUAGGUGGUUGUGUUGUGCUAAAACCCAAAACUUCUCUCGGCAAUUUCAUUUCCAUAGAAAAGGUUUCCGAAAUUUGAUAGAAGCAAAACACAAGAUAUCUUUUUCUCUCCAGAAGAAUGAAUCCUUGAGAAUUGUUUGGCAUUUCUUUAGGGUUUUGGGAGAUUUGGUUAAAUUUUUGGAUUACUAUUCGUUUCAAGUUGUCAAUGGAGGCCUCUAGUUCUCAAUCUCGGUCGUUCGGUCAAACAGAGAUUAAUUGGGACAAGCUUGAUAAAACUAAGUUUUAUGUCGUAGGAGCUGGACUAUUUACUGGGGUUACAGUAGCACUGUACCCUGUUUCCGUUGUAAAGACGAGACUGCAAGUUGCUUCAAGUGAUGUUGCUGAGAGGAAUGUAUCUUCUGUGAUUAGAGGCUUAUUGAAAACAGAUGGGAUUGCUGGUUUAUACAGGGGUUUUGGCACCGUGAUCACCGGUGCAAUUCCUGCCAGGAUUAUAUUCCUUACUGCUCUAGAGACCACCAAAGUGGCUGCUUUCAAGAUGGUUGAACCGUUUAAACUAUCAGAACCUACACAGGCAGCCAUAGCAAAUGGAAUUGCUGGCAUGACAGCUUCACUUUUUUCUCAAGCUGUUUUUGUUCCAAUUGAUGUGAUUAGCCAAAGGUUGAUGGUGCAAGGUUACUCAGGCCAUACGAGCUACAAUGGGGGUCUGGAUGUUGCUCGUAAGGUUUUGAAGUCGGACGGUAUUAGAGGACUAUAUAGAGGGUUUGGUCUAUCUGUUAUGACUUAUUCCCCAUCUAGUGCCGUAUGGUGGGCAAGUUAUGGUGCAAGCCAACGUUUCAUCUGGAAGCACUUAGGUCAUGGUACUGAGCAUGAGGUGUAUGCUCCUAGCCAGGGAACAAUAGUGUUCGUACAAGCUGCAGGAGGGAUAUUUGCAGGUGCUACAGCAUCCUGCAUCACAACCCCAUUGGACACCAUAAAGACCCGCUUGCAGGUGAUGGGACAUGGAAAGAACACCACAAGACAAGUUGUUAAAGGCUUGAUAAAGGAUGAUGGUUGGAAAGGUUUAUAUAGAGGAUUGGGUCCAAGGUUUUUUAGCAUGUCAGCAUGGGGAACGUCAAUGAUACUAGUCUAUGAAUAUCUGAAGCGCUUGUGUUCAAAAGACGAAUAGAUUCAUCCAGCAAUGCCCUGCAACCUUUGCUUCUUGCUCUUGAAUGGCAGAAUCUUCAGUUUACAGCUGACACGAACUGAAUGUAUUAUUGAAGAUAGCAACAUUCAGAGGAAUGCUUACCGUGCACUCCAAUUACAGAAACAGAGUCGCUGACAUUGUAGCCUUUGUUAUUUGAUUGUGACUGGGGAGCCGACCUCAAGGCUAUUAAAACUGAAUCACUUAUCAAUUUGUUGAAAGGCACAUAUGGUCCACCUUUCAAUUCUUUUCAGAUUCUUAUUAUGUUCUUUUACUCGGGGUACAGUUGAAUCAAAUUUGAUGCCGGAAGCAAGUGUAUUUUUUUGAAACAGAGUGUAAUUUUUGAGUUAGAGAAUGUUCUGUUUAUGGGAUCAUGUUACAUUGUUCCGUAGUAUUCUCUUUUCACCUUUGAUAUGUUUUUAUAAUUUAAAGCACCUGACUAUCAAUAAGAUUGAUAUACAAUGGAAAAUUUUAUA